AUGAUCAUCUCCAAAAGCGCCGUUGCUUCGGGCAUUUUGCUCGCAGGCAGCGCGACAGCUCAUCUACGGCUUCCCCCAUUCUUUGCGGCCAAGCAGCAGGCUCUGGGCCCUUCUGCCAGAUCCCAGUUUCAAAGCUUCGGGUUCGGCGAGCAGCAGCCAUUGACUAGCUCAAACAUUGGAACAGCGACAACAUCCUCUUCAUCAGAUGAUAUCCCCGCCUUCAAGGCCGGCCAGUUCACUCUGACGCCGCAAGAUGAUUCUACGUGUGCUACGUAUGGCGAGUCGCAAUGGACCGGCACCAUCGACGUGACGGACUCGCAUCGCCUCUUCUUCUGGUUCUUCGACAGCCGCAACGACCCCGUCAACGACCCCAUCAUCAUCUGGAUGAACGGAGGGCCCGGCGGCAGCUCAAUGCUGGGCCUCUUCAACGAGCUGGGAGCUUGCUGGCUCGAGCCCGGCGCAAACACCACGAUUCCAAACGACUUUGCCUGGAACAACAACGCAUCGGUGCUCUUCCUGGACCAACCCGCCGGCGUCGGCUUGUCCUCCCGCUCUCAAGACUCUCCCAUCCCAGCAUACGAUCUCGACGGCGCAUCCGACUUCCAGACUUUCCUCAACAUCUUCUUCAGCGAAAUUUUCCCCAAUCGCGCCCGUCUGCCCAUUCACAUCGCCGCAGAAUCCUACGGCGGCCACUACGGUCCGACAUACUUGAACCACAUCCUGAACUCACGAAGCCUCAACUCGCGCGACGCAUUCCGCGGCAACAUCACCUCGCUGAUCCUGGUCGACGCCGUCAUCGACUUUGCCGCCCCUGCAGUGGGUGUGUACGAGUUUCUGUGCAAGGGCUAUGGACACCACGGCAAGAUUAUGAACGACACGACGUGUGAGGCGCUGAGGCUGAGUGUGCCCAAGAUCUUUGAACUGGGCAGGAACUGCGAUGCCAGCAGUGAUGGGUAUGAGUGCUGGGGCAUGAUGACGUUUUUGGAAGAGAUUGUGCAUCCGUAUUAUUAUGCCGAAGUCGAGGCAGGCAAGAGGAAUCCGUUCAAUGUCCAUAUUCCGUGUCCCAACUGGCCCUUCUGCGCAGACAUCAGGAAAGGCAAUAUGUCGGCCUACAUCAACCAAGCCCACAUCAAAAAGGCCCUCAAGUUCCCCCCAUCCUAUGUAUUCGAGGACAUUGACCUAGUCCUCAACUCCGCCUACGUCCUCUCCAAAGAUCCCUUCCGGACCACCACCCGCGAGCUCGCCCGCAUCCUCGACGCCUACCGAACCCCCAACCUGGGCGACAUCCGCGUGCUGGUUCUCCAGGGCAACGAGGACUACGUCGUCAACACGCCGGGCAAUAUCUGGGCGUACGAGAACCUUCGCUGGAGCGGGCUGGCGGACUAUCGCCUCGCGCCGUGGCGGGAGCUGCCAGAGAGCAUGGCGGCGACGGGGUCGUGGAAGAGCUCCGGCCGGCUGGCGUUUGUGGCCGUGGACGGGGCGGGCCACACCGUGCCGGGGGAUGUUCGUGAGGGCAGCUACAGGAUUGCGCAGGAAUGGCUCGAGGGAGGAUGGAGGGCGUGA